UAGAUAUUUUUAGAAACAACUCGCCACGUGUCCUCCUCAUCCCCUCUAUAAAUCCAACUCCACUUGUACACCAAUUCCCCACACCAAAUCAAAACCUCAUUAAUUUCAGUAAUACUUUGCAACACAAAAGCGAUCAAAAUGGCCGGAAUCAUGAACAAGAUCGGAGACGCACUCCACAUCGGCGGCAACAAAUCCGACGACAAGAAGCACGAAUCUGAUCACAAAUACGAUGACAAGAAGCACGAAGGUGAUCAAUCGAAGUCUGAGCACAAGGAAGGGAUAAUUGAUAAGAUAAAGGAUAAGAUCCACGGAGAAGAUGGAGGAAGCAAGGAACACAGCGGUGAAGGUGAGAAGAAGAAGAAGGAUAAGAAGGAGAAGAAGAAGAAGAAGGAAGGCGAUCAUCACGACGGCGGUAGCAGCAGCAGCAGCGACAGCGAUUAGAUCUCCAAUCGGGGAUGAGUGGUUCACAUGGAGCUAGAGCUGUCAUGAGUGUGCUUUUUCUGUUGAAAUAAAUUGUCAUGUAAUGAAAAAAAAAAGGAAAAAAAAAAGAGUUAUGGAUUGGUGCUGAAUCCGUAAUCAAUGGGUGUAAUUGCUACUAGCUAGUGAAUGAAGAAGUUUUAAUAUUGUACUGUUA